AGCCGUUUUGAUCCGAGGUGUGCAGGCAUGCCGGGCCGAGCACGGCGCCCGCGGCACUCGCAGCCCGUGGCUCCUCGCUCCCUUGCGCCGCGCCCUCAUGCCGUUCGGUCCAGGCUGGACUUAUGGAGGUGCCCUGCCAGCGGAGCGAUGGGAGCGAUGCGCCGGGGCGCAGACGGCGCGGCGCUGGGGCGGCGGCGCAGGCUGGGGCGGUGGUCUGGCUGGACGUGGAGGAGGCGGCUGGAGGUCCCGCGUGCGGAGGGCGCCCAGCGCGCCUCUUCGAGCCCGACGCCACCUUCCAGGGGGCCUACCCUGAGGGGUCCUCGCGCCUCCGGCCGCUCUGGGCCGCCCUCGCCGCACUCUGGCUGCUGCUGUCCCUCGCCGUGCUCUCGUGGCAGACGAGCCCUGGGAGCUGGCUCGUAACAAAGCUGGUGCUGGCUGAUGGGACGCCGCGGCUCAGCUCGGCCCCGCCGCCUGGUGCCUCGGCGGGUGCCUCCGGGGCGUCGCUGUUGGCCCCUGGGCGAGGCGGCGGCGCAGAGCUCCCGGCAAGUGCCACGCCAGAGGUCGCGAGGCCGGAGGCAUUCAGCUGCUUCACCGCCUGGCCGCUGGCCAGCGCCUCGGCCCUGUGGGCCGAGUACUGCCUCAAGGAGAGGCCCAAGGCGUGGGUCAUGCCCGUGAACUGCUCGUACGUGUGGUUUCAGUGCGGAGGCGCCUCGCUGGCCCAGUUGCAGCUGGCCGCGCUCACUCGCUGCGCGGAGCGCUCAGGCCGCCCCUGCGCAUUGUUUGACAGCAACGGAGCUGGGUGCUGGCCGGGCUCCGGCGGGCCCCUGGCGCAGACGCGGGCCGAGGGGCCGCCCAGCGCAGGGCGGGGCCCGGCGGCGAGCCCGCCUCGCAGUGGCUCGCCGCAGAGCGCGCUGCCUGGCGCAGAGCAGACCGCAGUGGAAGCCGAGUCCGCUGGUGGCUCGCCAGAGCCUCUGCUGGCCGAGCCCCGAGGGGGUCCUGCGCCUGGCUCGCCAAGCAUCCCGCCGGACUUCUCGCGCGUAGGCCUUGAGCCCGUCAGGAUAAUAGUGGACACCAACGUGGCCUUCCAGCAGUUCGGGCUGCAGCAUUACCGCGCCCUGGAGUCGCUCCUGGUGCAGUACCCAGCCGCGAAAAUCGAGCUGCUGCGCAUUUCCACUUCGGCCUCCAACCGAGGCUACCAGCACGGUGACUCUCUUCCGAAUAACAUUUUGCAGAAGUACGGCCGCAUGGGCUACAAGAUUCUUGUCCGGCUCCUCAACGGCAGGUCCGAGCCAGCUGUCUUAUCACUCACCCCGAGCACGCCCGGCAAUGCGUGGUGGAGCCUUUACGGCACGAAGCUCGCAACGGCAGAGCCCCCGCAGGCUUAUCAGAGGCUGCCCAGCCCUGAGGUCGCCGACCGCACGGCGAGGCUGGCGCUGCGUCUGAUCCUGUUGCGGCAGUCGAUCAUGCAGACCGGUUUUGCCAUCGUGUCGGACCUCACGGUCGCGCUCACGAAGCGCACGCCACCUGGCUUCUGGAUGGUCGAUCCGCGACCCAACGCUGCGCCCGCGGAGCAGGCGGUCCUUCAGGUUGGUUCUGGAGCUCGGCGUCCUGGCUCGGAGGCUGCACGGCAAGACCUGGCCGACCUGCUGGUGCCAAGCCCAGCCCUCAUGGCGGCCGGGAAGGCGCAGCGCAAGGCGGUGGAGUGCGCGCUGCGGCAGUUCGACGCCGCAGCGGAGACGGGAAGGCGAACCCCAGAGGCGCAUGCUCUGCACGCGUGCCUGAAGAUCGCGAGCUUGGAGUCUGCUGUGGGGCUCGGCAUCGCCGCGGAUAAGGCGGGGGACGGGGUGUUGGAGCCGAUCAGGCAGAUGGUGCGUUCAGGGGCUCCAGACAGCGGAUUCGUUAAGCGGUGGUUGAGCUCGUCUAGCACGAAGCCGCUGUCUAACCCUUGGGAUAAUCCCUUUGCACUGGGCAGCAAAGAUAUUCUUAUUCCUGGCGUGGAAGUCCAGACUGGGCAAAAUGGCUCAAUGCCUAUGACUGGCAACGUGUCAUCACAGAAGUCUUGCCCUGCGCUCAUGAUUCCAGGCUACAUGAAGGCCGGUUCGACUGCGUUCUAUGAGAUGCUCGUUCAACAUCCUAUGGUGCUGAGUCAGCAGAAGGGACCUCACGGCUUCAGCGAAGGAGAGCUUUAUUAUCAGUACUCGAAAAGUGACCGCUAUCUGUGGACGCCCAUGAUAGAGCAUGGUGAACCUUUCUUGUGGUUCGACGUAGGCUUAUACUACGGCGAGAAAAAUGAGGGUCAAGUCCUGGCAGACUUGCAGCACGACUGUGUCCGUACUCCCAAGGUUUUGUGGCUGCUCCGUGAACCUAUAUCGAUGCUGAUCAGCACUUUUCGGUUCAUGGGAGGGAGGGGCUUCAAUCAGUUCCAGGAUUACGUCGACUAUGUGCAGCUGUCACCGUCGAACCACCGCGUCGGGGGCUAUUCGACCGGAUGGACCAGCUCUUGGACGAGCCGCCCAGGUGGAAGAAGCUCCUGCCACCAGGAACGACGCAUGCAGUCACCAUCGAGGAGUGGGGCAGUCACCCGGAGCCCUCCAUCUACAAGGCCUUCCGGCUGAUGGGGAUCCCGGAGGACGAGGUCCAGAUAGCCAUCAAGAAGAGCACUUCCAUGCAAAGCUCGCAGGAGGUGGACAUUUGCAACUCGUCCUUUACCUGGCUUGCCGAGCACUUUUUGCAGCGGAAGCUUUCUGUGGUGAAGGCUGUUGGCAAGAACUUCACGGGCUGGUUCCCUCCGAGGCCUCCGCAUGGUGUUGUUGUGCGAGAGAACUGUUGAGAAGAUGGCUCUCGGCCAGCAGCUCCUGCCCCCUAGCGGACUGCACAGACGCUCGCCUGGUGAGCCCGCCUCGCCUCUGGCCGGGCACGAUCCGCUCAGAGGAGGCCGACGGCUUAUGCCGCCCGCAAGUUAGGGGGAAUGGAAUACUGUGUAUAGCUACCAAAAGCUCAUACACCGAGGUGGCCCAUCGCUGCCGCGGCUGCCCACGCCUCUUGCGGGAAGCCCAUUGCCUGGGAGAGCCGUCAGCAUUGCAGAGUAGUGCUCUCGCCAAGCAAGAUCCACUUCCAUUUGCGAUCUUUGUGUACAGCGCCACUAGUUUGUCAGAUCAUGUAUCAGAAGCGGCUUUGUGCCAGCCUUGUCCAGCACGGCGGUGUUGGCGGCCCUGGAUGGCGGCAUGAUGCCAUUUUUUCUGUAGCUGCUUGAAGACGCUCGCUCCUUCGCCCAGCCUCGAGACAACUCACUUCCAGCUUCGCCAUCGCAAGAUGCCAGCCCACCCAAGUAAAUUGCUCCCCUGACGGAUGCGAUGUUCUCGCCCGUGGGUGUUCUUAUUUCUCCUGUUGACG